AUGACACAGGCGUCCUACGCGACCCACAGGACCAGCACAGCAUCACAAAUUCAUACUCAUCUCCUCGACAAAAACCCAGGGAAAAAGCAAGAGCUCAACCUAUCUAUGAAGCCAUCUAUGUGGCUAGCAACAUCACCUGAAUCCCAGCAUGACGGGCUUUUAAGGCUCCGACCCAGGCCUCUUCGCGUAAACAAUCAGCAGAGAAUAGCAAACAAGGUGCGAUUGAGCAUCUCGGACCGACUCUGUACCCGACGUAUUACCUACCGGCAUGAUGGUACAAUAUUGUACCUACGCCCACACGGGUCCGCUUCGCUUGCAACGGACAACAACGCCGGUCACGAUGCCGGGCCGUUGGGUACGCGACGGGCUGGAUUUGGGGACCGGGUGGGCCGUCGUGUGCUGUAA